AUGAACAGCUCUUCGCGGGUGACCACUUUCUCGUCGAUCAAUUCUUUGAUAGCAGUUCCGAUUGCUUCUUCAUUGAAAUAUAAUGCGGCAGUGUCGAUGAGACGAUAUCCAGCCUUGACAGCGGCUUUGACAGCAGCCAUAACCUCUUCAGGACUAGAUUGCCAGGUUCCAAGCCCAACUGCUGGCAUCUUGACGCCAUUGGAGAGAGUAAUAAAGGGAGAAGAAGCAGUCAUUGUACGCAAAUCACUAAAAAUAAGAAAUAUUCAUUGA